GAAGAGAUCUAGAACUCUCCCGUCGUUUGCAAUAACCUAAGGCUACAAAACCCCAUUCUUUCUUUCCCCCCCUCUCAGCCCCUGCUGCAAUUUGCGUUGAUAGAAGGAGCGAUUCAUGGCCGAAGAAGCUAAAAGCAAAGGCAACGCGGCGUUCUCCGCCGGCGAUUACGCGGAGGCCGUCCGCCACUUCACGGAGGCGAUCAACCUCGCCCCGACCAAUCACGUCCUCUACUCCAACAGAUCCGCCGCCCAUGCCUCCCUCGGCAACUUCUCCGACGCACUCUCCGACGCCCAGAAGACCGUCGAGCUCAAGCCGGACUGGUCUAAGGGAUAUUCCAGGCUCGGAGCGGCGCACCUUGGACUUCGCAACUACGACGGGGCUGUUUCUGCUUACAAGAAGGGUUUGGAGUUCGAUCCGAACAACGACGCGCUGAAAUCCGGCCUGGCCGAUGCGCAGUCCGCUCAGGCUCGAUCCAGAAGGCCGUCUUCUAAUCCCAUGGGGGAUGCGUUUUCUGGACCGGACAUGUGGGUUAAGCUGACCCGGGACCCGACUACUCGGGCCUACUUGCAGCAGCCCGAUUUCGUGAAGAUGAUGCAGGACAUUCAGAAAAAUCCUAACAAUUUGAAUCUCUAUUUGAAGGAUCAGAGGGUGAUGCAGGCAUUUGGGGUGCUGUUAGGCGUGAAUUUGCAGACUAGGACCCCAGAGGACGAUGUGGAGAUGCCGGAGGCUUCGCCGGAGAGGAAGAGGCCGGCUGAGUCCGAGCCUGUGAAGGUGAAGCGUCCAGAGCCCGAGCCAAAGCCCGUUCCAGAGCCGAUGGAGCUGUCAGAAGAGGAGAAAGAGGUUAGGGAUCGGAAGGCUCAGGCGCUGAAGGAGAAAGAAUCCGGCAAUGCAGCCUAUAAAAAGAAGGGUUUUGAGACUGCUAUUCAACACUAUUCUAAGGCUAUUGAGCUCGACACUGACGAUAUUUCGUUCAUCACUAAUAGGGCUGCUGUGUACUUGGAAAUGGGAAAGUAUGAGGAUUGCAUAAAAGAUUGUGACCAAGCUGUUGAGAGGGGAAGGGAGCUUAGGUCUGAUUACAAAAUGAUUGCAAGGGCCUUGACAAGAAAGGGGACAGCUUUAGUGAAGAUGGCAAAAUGCUCAAAGGACUAUGACCCUGCAAUCGAGACCUUCCAGAAAGCUCUCACGGAACAUCGCAAUCCAGACACUCUGAAGAAGCUCAAUGAUGCCGAGAAAGCAAAGAAAGAUUUGGAACAGCAAGAAUAUUUUGAUCCCCAGAUUGCGGAUGAGGAGCGGGAGAAAGGUAACAAAUUCUUCAAAGAACAGAAAUACCCAGAGGCCAUCAAGUGCUAUACAGAAUCUCUAAGAAGGAAUCCCAAAGAUCCCAGGGCAUUGAGCAAUAGGGCUGCUAGUUACACCAAGCUGGGGGCAUUGCCUGAGGGGCUCAAAGAUGCUGAAAAAUGCAUCGAGCUUGAUCCCACAUUUGUGAAGGGCUACACCAGAAAGGGUGCCGUGCAGUUCUUCAUGAAAGAAUAUGACAAAGCCUUGGAAACUUACCAGCAGGGAUUGAAGCUUGACCCUCAAAACCCGGAAUUACUAGAUGGUGUGCGGAGCUGUGUUGCACAAAUAAACAAAGCAAGCCGAGGUGAUCUAACCCCACAGGAGCUCAAGGAGAGACAGGCCAAGGCAAUGCAGGAUCCAGAAAUCCAGAGCAUUCUAACUGAUCCAGUAAUGAACCAGGUACUGUCGGACUUGCAAGAGAACCCGAAAGCUGCGCAAGAACACAUGAAGAACCCACUCGUGAUGAACAAGAUCCAAAAAUUGGUCAGUGCAGGAAUCGUACAAAUCCGAUAAUAAAGAGUGGGAAAAUCCAUUUGAUCUUUGGAGCCAAAAGAGAGAGCACAGCUUUGGUGUUGGAGUGAUAGUUUCCUAAGAAAGUAAUAUGUUACUG